UUUACAGGCAAACUUGAAUCAUGUUCCGAUGAAAAUGAAGAAAUUCACGUUCCAAUCAAAAAUUCCAAAUGUUAUACAUGUUCCUGUCAGAAUGGCUUUGUAAAAUGUGAAGAUAAAUGCCCUCCCAUCGAUGAUUGUUAUCUGUUGGAAAAGAAGACCUCGGAUGCUUGCUGCAAUAAAUGUAAAGGUUGCAUGUUCCUUGGUAAACAAUAUGCGAGUGGUGCUGAAUGGACUGAUCCCCUGAAUCCUUGUAAAUCAUACAAAUGUGUUGGCGGUGUUGUGACAGCAACAGAAAUGAAAUGCUAUACACAGUGUGAUGGUAGUCAAUUGAUGAAACCAAGACCGGGCGAGUGUUGUCCAUCCUGUCAAGGUUGCAAAAUAAAUGGACAAAUCGUUUUGGAAGGCCAAGAGGUUGUCGCCUCAAUCGAUGAUCGUUGUUUGGUCUGUCAAUGUAAGGAUAAUCAGCUAACCUGUGCCAAGAAGACAUGUCCCGUGCUGCAGUGUCCGGUGUCGAAGCAGAAACAGCUACCGAAUGAAUGUUGUCCACGGUGUACGGAACAUAGGGAAUUUAUGCCAUUGACGGGCAAAUGCAUUUUUACGAAGAGAAUAUUCCACGAUAAAAUCCAAUUUAUGCCCGAUCGUUGCACCAAUUGCACUUGCAGCAAUGGCACCAGUAUUUGUGAACGCAAGACAUGCCCCAUUUUAGAAUGCUCGCCGGAGUAUCAAGAAAUGGAUGGUUGUUGUCCACGCUGUAUUUCAGCCGAGGUCCGAUCUGAGUGCAUUGUCAAUGGGGUGACUUAUCAGAAUAAUGACACCUGGAAUGUGGAUACAUGUCGAUCAUGUCGUUGCAUGGGAGGAAAUAUACGAUGUUCGGAAAUGCGUUGCCCUGCCGUAAAGUGUCGUUCAAAUGAGGAACUAAAAGUUCUGCCGGGAGAAUGUUGCCCAAAAUGUAUUGAAACUGCUGGAACCUGUACCGUUUUUGGUGAUCCUCACUUUAAAACUUUUGAUGGGAAAUUUUUCAGUUUCCAAGGUUCGUGUAAAUAUCUACUCGCCUCUGAUUGUUAUGAUAAGACUUUUUCGAUACGUCUAACUAAUGAUGGACGUCAAACCAAACGUUCAUCAUGGGCCAAAACUGUGACGUUGAAAAUGCGUGGAAUUCGUGUGAAUUUGGGUCAAAAACAAAGGGUUAAAGUGAAUGGUACCCGAGUUGCCCUACCAUAUUCCUCCGGUCCCAUUACCAGCAUAGAAAAACUAAGCGAAAGUAUUAUGUUGAAAACCGAAUUGGGUCUUAGUAUUGAGUGGGAUGGCAACAAUUAUCUGCAAGUCACGGUACCAUCCAGUUUUAAAAAUCGCAUGUGCGGCCUGUGUGGCAACUACAACGGUUGGACUCGCGAUGAUCUGACGAGUCGGGAUGGUGUCAAUCACACCGAAGCUUGGCGUUUUGCCAAUUCCUGGAAGGUUGGAGGACCCAAGGCAUGUUCGCGGAAACAGGAAAACAUAGCUGUCGAACCCACUUGCAAACAACGCAAAUCGAAUGCCCUCUGUCGACCACUACUUGUCUCCGAAGUCUUCGGUGAUUGUGAUAGCACCGUGAAUCCGGAAAAUUAUCACGACGCCUGUAAAAUGGAUGUUUGCGAUUGUCCGACUGGCAUGUGUCAUUGUGACAGUUUUGCUGCCUAUGCCCGGGAAUGUCAACGUUUGGGUGUUCGUCUGCCUGAUUGGCGUUCUGCCACCGCCUGCCCACAUGGUCAAUGGAAGCGAGAUUUUAAUACCACCCUUAAAAUGUUACGAGCAAAUCCCUAUUAUGGAGAUUUACGAUUUUUACAAAAUCUACCGAAGCCAAAAAAUCGCAAACACAAGCUGGAGGAGCAACAACAUCAACAUAAUCAGCUGUUGCAGCGAGAUUUCAUCAACAAGCAUGUACCGAAAAAUUUGCUAAUUUCUAAAUCGCCCGAUCGUACACCACCACCUUUACAUUAG